AUCAAAUACAUUCAUAGAGAGGGAGAGAUCAGACAAAUCUGAGAUUAGACGACUUCGAUCAGAGCGAGAGAGAGCAUGGAGACGGAGGGGAAAACUAUGCGCAUGGAAACGGUGCCGGAAAACCUAGAAUGGUCUCUCUCGACGGCGAGCGUGCAAGAGCUGAUGAAGGAUCAGCGGCUCGAUGGAGUGCUACCUCGGUACUCAAGGGAUGUCGACGCUAUUGGAGACAUAUGUGAAGUUGAUGUACCUCAUAUCGACAUGGCCAAGCUGAUGAAAGAAGAGUACAACAACUCCCAGAAGACAGAGCUUCUUAAACUCCGUUCUGCUUGUAAGGACUGGGGCACGUUUCAGCUUGUAAACCAUGGAGUAUCAAUUGGAGCGUUAAAAGGGAUCAGGGAGAGCGUGAAAGAAUUCUUCGAGCUGCCACUGCGAGAGAAAAUGCGGUGGGCACAGAGGCCUGGAAGCUUGGAAGGGUACGGACACGCAUUCGUUACAUCGGAAGAACAAAAGUUGGAUUGGAAUGACAUACUCUUCCUCAAGACCCUUCCGCCCGACUGCAGAAGUUAUGAUCUCUGGCCCGACAACCCUUCCCACUUCCAGCGAGCGCUUGAGACGUACACCGAGGAGAUGAGGGAGCUCGCAGUGAGCAUAGUGAAGUACAUGGUGAAGGGUAUGAUGAUGACCGCUGAUGGAUUAGAAGCAGCAGAUGAUGGUGCUGAAGAAGACCAUAAUAAGUUGUUCUGUGAGAGUCUGAGGAGAGGGAACUACGACGUGAGGAUAAAUUGCUACCCGCCUUGUCCACAGCCCGAACGUGUGAUGGGAAUCACACCCCAUGUCGACAUCAGUGCCGUGACCCUCUUGGUUGAGUGUGGGAACACGCCUGGGCUUCAUGUCCUCAAGGAUGGCCGGUGGGUCAUUGUUCCCCCAGUCGAUGGCGCCAUCCUUGUCAAUCUCGGAGCGAUCAUGCAGAUAUUCAGUAACGGAAUAUACAAAGCACCGGAUCACAGGGCGAUGGUGAAUAAAUAUAAGGAGAGACUGUCUAUCGUUACAUUUUGCUACCCUGACCCAUCCCUCGACAUCGGGCCUUCCAAGCAGCUCACUGGAGAAUCAGCAAGAACGCCACCUAUAUACAAGACCGUCACAAACUCCGACUACUUCCACCAUUUUUUCAACCUCAAGCAGGCUCAUGAUCCAUUCCUUGAUUCCCUCAAGAUUUGAAUGCGAAUUCUUUCGAAUUACUCAAAAGAUAUUACAGUAGGUAAAGAAUAUGUCCGAUCAUUUAGUAUGUUGGAUAUAUGAAAAUAAGAUCAUAUUGAUCAAUAAGAUUAGUUUAUAUCUUUGGACUUCAUAGAUCUGAUGUAAACACUGUUAUGGAUGUUUAAUAUUUAUUUGGGUAAAAUGCACUAACCUAAUUUACCCCAUUUGAUUUAGUUGACCAA